AUGGAUAGCGAGGAGAGCGAUUUGUCAACGGAAGACGACGAGGUUUUCUCAUACGACCAGAACUGUCAACCUCGGAAGGUCAGGAUCAUCGGAACGUUCAGCCAAAAGAAAGAGAGAAUUGACAAGUACACGGUUACCCGCUGCAAGACCGUUGAGAUCAAGGACCCAUUCACUAACCGGAAUGGUGGCAAGCCAUGGCGAAAGGUGUUUGAGGGAUCAACUGUUUUGAUUCAUGGGGAAGAUACCUUGCCAAUGAUGGCCCUGGUGCACAAAUUGUACAAGAUCGACAGCGGCACCCGUGAUGGUAGACAGGUGGAUGCUCUCUUGAAAGUGACGUGGCUGUAUCGGGACAAGGAGGUGAAAUCGACCAACAAAAAGCCAUCCUCAUGCACGGCAGGUGCAAUUUUGAACAGAAAGAAGGAAUCGGAGUCUGUUCGUGAGGUAUUUUACACAGCCCACAGUGAUACAGUGUUGGCACACCACAUUAUACAUCCUUGUUUGGUUCAUUUUCAGCGCAGCAAUGAUCCACUGCCCUUCCAGGAUGUCCAGAUUGGCCAAAACUCACUUAAGAAGCACAUGAAGGGCUUUGUGUGCCGCCGUUUCUAUGACACCAGUGGCAAGAAAUGUUAUUUUUUGGAUGCUGUGGCUGAUGAUGUCAGGGCGAUCAAAUUUGAAGAUCAUCUUGUUCUGGAGGUGCAAGAUCUCCUGAAGGCGACCAGGCGUCAGAUCGAUGCUUGGCAUGCGCAUAAUCCCAGAUGGUAUCUGAAUGAACGACCUGGCAGUGCUGCUGGUCGCUUGGGAGAGGUUCAGGAAGGAGGCACAGAUGGUGGUGUGCCAUUUGGUAAUGAUGUGGCCAACCAGUCUGCAGUGGCAGAGGGCAAUUCAGAAGAUAGACAGCAGCAACACAGACCGUUUGAUGCUGUCAAGGGCAGCACCAACAGGAAACGUCAGUGGGUUGGCGAUCAGCAAGGUGCAAUGCCAGAUUGGAAGUCCCAGAAAACUGAUGUCAAGCACACACCGUGGAGGCGUCUUGAUCGAACUGUCUCAGAUCCUGUCAUCCCAGAAUUGAAAGCAAACACUUCAAAUCUACAAAGGCAGAUGUCGCUGGAUGCUGUGAAGAUUACGUGGGAGCCCAAUCUUCAAAGCUACCAUAGCCAGCCAUCUGGAUCAGUGCCACUGCACGAUGGUCACACAGCGAGGCACUCAACUGGACCCAGCAAGGAGGCUAAACCAAAGACAGACACAAAAACACCACAGGCCUCUGUUUCUCUCCAGGUGUCCAGCAGAGAGGAUGACGAGUCCGAUGAUGACAUUCCCUUGUCUCAACGAUACAAACAACAGACAUGCAAAGCAGAACUUCAGAUUGCAAAACGUGCCAAAACUGCAAACACUCCUGCAAAUCCUGACCUCUACAUAAGACGAAACGGGGAUAGGUUUGAUGUGAAGAUCCCCAAAGCCUUCACACAUGGUGGUGAAACACGUACUGAGCUUGUGUUCAGUGGGAGCUUCACUUCCAGGGACAAGGCUGAGAAAGUGUGCAUCGCCGCCAUGCAUAUGGACCAUGCAGAUUUGAAAGAUUAUGUGAAGGCCAAUGCAGCAGAGUUUGGAGCAGACCCUCGUACUGGCCGCCCACCAGUCGAGCCAGCAGUGCCUUUGACUGUGAUUCCCAAAAGGGAGAACAAAAGCUGUGGCUCAAAGAGAACAGAGGUGCUACACGAAACGCCUAGAGAGGUGGAAAAGCAACUAAGGCGGCAGGCCACUCCUGUCAGCGAAAUAACUCCAACAUCACCAGUCCAAGGCCCAACUCCUUUCAGUUGUCCCCCCCAGCCUGACACAGCAGAGGUGGAGCACAGCCCCAGACAAGGAAGGACUGAGAAUAACAUUAAACAGGAAAUGCCAUCUGGGAAACGUGGGGUAACGAUGCCCACAAGCCAAGUCUUGGCUGGUGAACUGGCACAGCCACAUUCCCUCCAAGAAGAUUUGCAGAUCGCCUUGGGUGCAGACACACCUUGCCGCCUAUCCAGUGCAGAGGAGGGGGCAAUGGUGGUGAGAGCCUACGAUGACAGCUUGCUGCAGAGGUACCCAAUGGUCACAUACAAGACGGCUGAAGGGGAGGUCAAGAGGGGCAGACUUAUACCUGAGGAAGAUGUGGCAGCUCUGAAGGCUGUGGACCAGAGGGCUUGUGAUUCAUCAGAGGUGCUUGGCGCAGAUUGCAAGGACGCUGCCUUGUCAGUGGAGCCCAGACCAACUGGAACACCAGUCUCUGAACCUGAUGAUGGCCCACCACAGGCCGUGGACUCUGAGCAGAACAUUUUGGGCUCAGAGGCUCUCACGGAGGCUGUGGAGGGGGUCCCAAAAGCGGAAGACAAGCAAGAGGGUUCGCCUGUGGCUGGCAACGAGCUCAACAUGAGGAGCUUCAAGGAGCUUCAGGGAAAAGUGGACAUUUUCUUGGAAGGACGAGCCAAUGAGGACACAGAAGGGGACCUAAUUGGAUAUUCGUUUCGAGACUGUCUCAUUUGCAUGGAGCACAGAUUUGCAGAAUUUACAGAAUUUACAGCAGGAUUCUUGGAAAGGGCUGUUCACAGGGGGUUGUGGGACUUGUUUUUGAGCGAUGUGGACAAGGGAGCCCGCACGGCACUUGUCCUCAAGGUGGAUACGGACAGCGGCGAGUGCUACAUAAUGUUCAGUAUUCGGCAAUCUGACCGGUCAGAUAGGACAGACAACUGCAGACAUACCCUUUUUGCCACAGAAUGGGUCCUUGCCUGGCCGCAGGUUAAUCUGAAAGAUAGUAUCGAAGAAUUGCAGCAGCAGGAAAAUAGCGGCGGAAAUGCAGGGUAUUGCCCUUCUGGCCAGGGCGCAUACCUGGAAGAUGGCAGCGGCGCCAUAAUAGGAGGCUGUAUUGGAAUGGGGCAUUUCGAUAUGUGGUUGAUUGUGGAUGCCCUGGUACAGCUAGGAUACCUUGAAGAACCAAACGUGCUGUCGGGAUCCACGUUGACAGCUGGCAUGUGCAAGGACGUGGGGAAGACAUCCAAGGAUGGCGCAGGUGACGAAUCUGAGACGAGCGACGAAGAAAUUGAAGAAAUUGACAUUGGGUAG